AUGAUUUUGUGGGCAAGGCAUGCUGCUUCACCACGUCCGGCGUCCAAGCUUCUGCAUGGAUCUAGCCCGUCGAUACGCACGUUGACUCACUUCAAGAUAGUGCAGCAUACAACGCCAGUCCAGCACACCAGGCACUAUCCAGGUGGUGCUGAGCCAGGUCAUCACAAUGAUCUACUGCUUUCGGUGAAACAGUACAUUCCCAAAUCAGAGACUGGGCCGUCCUCGAAUGGGCUGACGAUCAUCGGAGCUCACGGCAACGGCUUACCGAGCGAACUGCUAGAGCCUUUUUGGGAUGACUUCUACGAGCACGUGAGGUCGAAAGGACAGCAUAUCCGGAGCAUCUGGGUAGCUGAUCAAGCGCAUCAAGGCCAGAGUGGUAUUUUCAAUGAAGAGAUUCUCGGCAACGACCCCUCCUGGUUCGACCACGCUCGAGACCUGCUGUAUCUCAUCAAUCUUAAGCAGAAGCAGAUGCCUCAACCCUUAUUUGGUGUUGGCCAUUCCAUGGGUGCAGCCCAAUUGGCUUAUCUCGCAAUGCUACAUCCGAGUCUGCUGCAGGGCCUGGUGCUUAUGGACCCAGUUAUUCAGCCCACGAAUCCAGGAAGGACAUCGGGUAUCGCGUCGACUUACCGAAGAGAUACAUGGCCCUCGAAACAAGCUGCUAGAGAGAGCUUUGCGAAAAGCAAGUUGUACCAGGCCUGGGACCCCAGAGUUUUUGAUAAAUGGAUUGAAGCUGGUCUCCGUGAACUACCCACCGAAUUGUGCUCCGAUGCUGCACAGAUAGAGGGCUCCGCUCCGGUCACACUGACAACGACCAAGGAGCAAGAGGUCUACUCUUAUUUGAGACCAUUGUGGAAAGGUGUUCCCGGAACAGUACCUUUGGAAGACCAUGAGAACUAUAGCGACUUUGACCCUGAGGCUGUGGAACCGGACUUCCCCUUCUAUCGACCAGAGGCAUCUAUUUUGUUCCGGAAGCUCCCCGAACUGCGACCGCCGACAUUAUACCUCACCGGCAAGCACUCUCCACUGGCAGGGACAGAGCUGAAUAGGCAACGCCUCGAGCUAACAGGAUCUGGCGUCGGUGGUAGCGGCGGCGCAAAGGCCGGAUGUGUCUCGGUCACUGAGAUGGAUUGCGGCCAUUUCGUCCCAAUGGAUGAGCCCAUCAAGUCAAGCGGGUUUGCCGCCGACUUCAUCGGUGUCGAGGCAGCCAAGUGGCAGCAGAAGAUGCAGCUCUUCCAGCAGCAAUGGAAGAAGGAACCAAGACCUGAAAGUGUUAUGCUUGACGACGAAUGGCGGCAACGAAUCGGUCCCAGAGCUCCAAGAUAA